AUGGCGGCGGUGGAUCUGUCGAAGCUGGUGAAGGAGAAGCGCUUCUGGGCCGCCUCCUUCCUCAUCGCAUGGGCGGCGGCGCCCCAGGGGCACAUGAUGUGGUUGAAGCGGCAGGACGCCUUCAAGGACAAAUUCGGCGACCCCGAAGCCCCCAACAAGGUCACCGAGCAGCCGGCCGACGACAGCACCAGACUCGCCGGCGAGCAGGGGGAGCUCACCGCCGACGCCGAGAUCAGAUAG